UAUCCAGUGGAAUGGAGCAUUCCCACGUCACAGCAGAUAACGUCUCUCCUCUUCCCGUCCUCGCAUUCCAUCACUUCAUCAAUCAACGAAGGCCCCACCGCCGCCGGUCAAUACCUCCACCGCCGAGCUCUGGCUAUAAUGGCUGCCACCGCUGCAGUAUCCAUCUCCUGUUUUUACUCCUGCACAUCUCGCCGGCACCUCCUCUCAAUCCCCGUUAUCAAAUUCACCGGCCCUCGAUUUCCUUUUUCGUCCCCCGUCUGCCACUUCACUGAUCAGCUUUCAGUCGCUUACGUUGAAAAUAGAAGAAACCUUCUGAAAAUUACAGCCGCUAUGACGCAAGGGGAGGUAGAAACCGAGACAGAGGUAGCUCAGGCAGAGGCCAUGGCGCGGCUGCAGAAUACCAAGCUUUACUUUGGGAAUAUUCCUUACAACUGUGACAGUGAGCAGCUUGCUGGUGUUAUUCAACAACAUGCCAGCCCUGAAAUGAUUGAGGUGCUCUAUGACAAAGAAACAGGAAGGAGCAGAGGGUUUGCAGUUGUUACCAUGAGCUCCAUACAAGACUGUGAAGCUGUCAUCUCCAAUCUUAAUGGAUUUGAAUAUGAUGGUCGAACACUAAGGGUUAAAUUCUCAGACAAAUCAAAGCCCAGAGUGGCUCUAUAUGUUGAGAGCGAGUUCAAGCUCUUCGUAGGCAAUCUAUGCUGGUCAGUAACCUCAGAAGCUCUUAAGCAGGUUUUUAAGGAUUACGGUAACUUGGUCAGUGCUCGUGUUAUUUACGAUGGCGAGAGCGGCCGAUCUCGUGGCUUUGGCUUUGUUUGCUUCUCCACCAAGGAAGAGAUGGAUUCUGCCAUGGAAUCCCUCAAUGGACUGGAGUUGGAAGGAAGGGCCUUGAGGAUAAGCUUAGCGUUAGGGAAGAAGACUUGAUCGAUAGGAAAAGGGCUUAAAUGAGCAGCUUCCCUUGCAUAAAAUUGCUUGCUGGAUAUUAGAAAAGAUAAGGGGAGUUCAAGUAUAAUCAAUUAGGCUUUGUAAUUGAGUUGGCCAGCUUGUGUAGCUCACAAAUAAUUAUUAGCUAUUAUAUAUAAAAUAAUAUCAAUACAGAUAAUACCUACAAA